CGGCGGGCCCUGGGCUACACCAAGGCCAUUAAUGCCCUCAAGAGCUUCCACAAGCCUGUCACCACCUACCAGGAGGCCUGCAGCAUCCCCGGGGUUGGGAAGCGGAUGGCCGAGAAGAUUGUGGAGAUCCUGGAGAGCGGGCACCUGAGGAAGCUGGACCACAUCAGCGAGAGUGUGCCAGUCUUGGAACUCUUCUCCAACAUCUGGGGGGCUGGCACCAAGACUGCCCAGAUGUGGUAUCAGCAGGGCUUCCGGAGCUUAGAUGACAUCCAGGCACCGCUGACCACCCAGCAAGCCAUUGGCCUGAAACACUAUGACGACUUCCUAGAGCGCAUGCCCAGGGAGGAGGCUGCAGAAAUUGAACAGACGGUCCGGGAAUCCGCUCAGGCCUUGAGCCCCGGGCUGCUGUGUGUGGCGUGUGGCUCAUACAGACGGGGGAAGGCAAGCUGUGGGGACGUGGAUGUGCUGGUCACUCACCCUGAUGGUCGCUCUCAUCAAGGCAUCCUCAGUCGUCUCCUUGAGAACCUUCGGCAGCAAGGGUUCCUGACCGAUGACCUGGUGAGCCAGGAGGAGAACGGCCAGCAGCAGAAGUACCUGGGCGUGUGCCGGCUGCCAGGGCCAGGGCGGAGGCACUGGCGGCUGGACAUCAUCACAGUCCCCUACGGCGAGUUUGCCUGCGCGUUGCUCUACUUCACGGGCUCGGCGCACUUCAACCGCUCCAUGCGGGCCCUGGCCAAGACCAAGGGCAUGAGCCUGUCCGAGCAUGCGCUCAGCAGCGCCGUGGUCCGAGGCCCGCGUGGCCUCAAGGUGGGGCCGGGUCAGGUGCUGCCUACCCCCACGGAGAAGGACGUUUUCCGCCUCCUGGGCCUGCCCUACCGAGAGCCCGCCAAGCGCGACUGGUGA